UAUGUUAGCUUUGUCCCAGAAGUCUGGUUUUGGGGUUAUUUUCUCGGGUCUGCAUUGAUACCUCGGUUCUUCGCAAAUGGGGAAGUGGGAACGAUUCUAAGAGCUCGAGAAGUCUUUGGCCAUGUCCCCAUUUGCUAGUCUUCGUUGAUCUCUGCGUCAAAAUUGGACCUUUUUUAGGGUUAGGGUUUCUUUGGGGAGUGGGUUAGAUCAUGCUCUUGAGCUGCUUGUGUUUUUGCUGGUGAGUUAUCAGGUGAACUUGUAUCGAGAUUAAAAUAAUGAAUCAUAGAUACACCUUGCAGUCAGUUUGCUAACAGAAAACUUUGUUUCGAGAAAAAAUUGACAACAAUUGCUUUUUCCAUGUUGAGAGCGAUGGAGAGCAAAGUUCUUGUUAUGGUUUUCUCUGUCAUUGUGUUGUUUCUGAUUAGGACAUGUCAUGGGACGGAGACUGACCUUUUAUGUUUGAAGCUUGUGCAAAGCUCAGUUAAGGAUCCCGCUAACAACCUUGCCUGGGUCUUUGACAACAAAACCGAGGGAUCUAUAUGCAAGUUGAAUGGAGUAGAGUGUUGGCAUCCUGAUGAAAACCGGGUACUUAACCUGCGGCUUUCAAACAUGGGUCUUGAAGGUAAUUUUCCGAAAGGCCUUGAGAACUGCUCAAGCAUGACUGGACUGGAUCUUUCGAACAACAACUUCUCUGGACAGCUACCAAUUGAUAUUGAUCAAAAGAUAAAGUUUGUGACUGGCCUCGAUCUCUCAUAUAAUAAGUUCUCGGGUGAAAUUCCAGUGAACUUGGCCAACUGUAGCUAUUUGAAUUCAUUGAAUCUUCAACAUAAUAACCUGAGUGGGCCGAUUCCUUGGCAAUUCAGUCGUCUGAAUCGGCUUUCAACACUCAAUGUUGCUGAUAAUUCAUUGUCUGGGGAGAUUCCUCCAUUCGUGAACAAUAUUUCAACUCUUGUCGUGGGAAACAAUGCUGGGCUUUGUGGGAAACCUUUAGCUGCUUGUCAAGCAUCACAAAAGAAAAGUAACAGUGGAAUAAUAAUUGGAGCAGCUAUUGGCGGAUUGUUGUUUGCGAUUCUUGUCAUUGGAGUUAUCUUCUUCUUCUUUUGCCGGAAGGUUGCUAUCAAAAGAAAGCAAAAGGAAGUCGAAGAAAACAGAUGGGCCAAGAAUAUUAAGGGUGGCAAAACAAUCAAGGUUUCCAUGUUUGAAAAGUCAGUUUCAAAGAUGAAAUUCAGUGACCUUAUGAAAGCAACCAAUGAGUUUAGCAAGGAGAACAUCAUCGGCACUGGGAGAACAGGCACUAUUUACAGGGCAGUGCUUCCUGAUGGUUCCGUUUACGCUGUCAAGCGGUUGCUGGAGACACAACAUUCUGAGAAGCAGUUCAUUUCUGAAAUGGCGACACUCGGAAGUGUUAAGCAUCAAAACUUGGUUCCACUUUUGGGUUUUUGCAUUGCCAAGAAUGAAAGGUUGUUGGUCUACAAAGACAUGCCCAAUGGAACUCUCCAUGAUCAGCUACACAAAGGAGACAUUGAAAGGGCGGUUAUGGAGUGGCCGAUGAGGCUGAAAAUCAGUAUCGGAGCAGCCAAAGGCCUUGCGUGGCUUCACCACAGUUGCAAUCCCCGCAUUCUUCAUCGGAACAUAAGUUCCAAGUGCAUUCUAUUGGACGAGGACUUCGAACCCAAGAUAUCGAACUUUGGUCUCGCAAGGCUUAUGAAUCCGGUCGACACCCACCUCAGCACUUUCGUGAAUGGUGAAUUUGGUGACUUAGGCUACGUAGCUCCCGAGUACACCCGAACUCUUGUGGCCACUCCGAAAGGAGAUGUCUACAGCUUCGGUGUGGUGUUACUUGAAUUGGUCACUGGUGAAAAACCGACUCACGUCUCUAAAGCUCCAGAAGACUUCAGAGGCAGUUUGGUGGAAUGGAUACAAUACUUAUCGGAAAACUCACUUCUUCCUAGUGCCAUCGAUACCUCUUUAAUCGGAAAGGAACAUGAUACCGAGCUUCUCCAAUUUCUGAAAGUUGCUUGCUCAUGUGUUCUAUCUGCUCCAAAGGAGAGGCCGAGCAUGUUCGAGGUGUACCAGUUUGUGAGAGCCAUCGGUGAGCAUUAUCAUUUUACUGCCGAAGAUGAUAUCUACCUGCAGCCUGAGAGUACUGAAGCUGAUUAUCUCGAUGAACUUAUUGUCGCACAGUAACUAGUAAAAUUAGUAAAAUCACUGAUCGAUAUAGCUAGAGCCGUAACCCGGCCACAUAUAUAUAUAUAUAUGCGCAAUAGAUAUUAUUCUCUGUAUAUCAUAUGAGGUGUAUAAGUUAUUACUCAAUGAUGUUUGUCUGUAUACUUUGGUAUAUCGAAAUUGGUAUUUUAUCUGAU